GUCGCGUUCGAGGAGCAAUCAACUUUGAAACAUGGGUGGUAUGAUCAGUGGUUUGUUCAAGGGUCUCUUUGGCAAGAAAGAAAUGAGAAUCCUUAUGGUUGGUCUUGAUGCUGCUGGGAAAACCACCAUUCUGUACAAGCUGAAGUUGGGAGAAAUUGUCACAACGAUUCCUACAAUUGGUAUGUGCACUACGACUCUGGCGGACGCCAUGACAGUGCGUUCUAUCGCGUGUUUCCAUUCAUUGUUUAACAUCGGGUUUUGACAAAAUCUUGAAUUUUUUCUUCGCAGGUUUUAAUGUGGAAACAGUAGAAUAUAAGAACAUAAGUUUUACAGUGUGGGAUGUCGGCGGCCAAGACAAAAUCAGACCUCUUUGGCGACACUACUUCCAAAAUACGCAAGGUACCUCAACAGAUUGCCGUUUUUGAAUUACUCGUAGUGGUUUGCAAUAUCCAAAGGAAUAGUCUUUGUGCGUUGAUCUAUGCUGAUCUACUAGUCAUCUGUCUAAAUUUUGUUUUUCGUUUGUGAUCAGGUUUAAUCUUCGUAGUGGAUAGCAAUGAUCGCGAGCGAGUUGGUGAAGCAAGAGAAGAGUUGAGUAGGAUGUUGAACGAAGACGAACUUAGAGAUGCAAUUCUUCUCGUGUUCGCCAACAAACAGGUAGGAAGGAAAUAAACUCUCGUGGCACUUAAUUUUUAAGGCUAAGUUUAGUCGUUUAUUAGUUGACAGUACUUUACAGAGUCAAAUUCCCCGCGUAUGACUAUGUUGCAAUCAUUGAGAGGCAAUCGUGAAAAUUUAACUGACAGUUCUUACACUCAAUCACUUAAUUUCCUCUGGUGUUCAGAACGUUUCCUACCAUCUUUCGUUUUCGUCUGGAAUGCAAACGAAACAUUUAUAAUUUUGUGAAUUGUCCUGUGGAUUAAAUUGAAAUACUGUAUAGUUAUUUGUUUGUGUUUUGAUUUUGAGCUAUAUAAUUUUGGUCACGGAAUAAGUGUGCAUAGAAUUUCACAGUUCACUUAAGAGCACGGUUCGAGAUUUAAAUGCUUUGCUUCGAGCUAUGGAACAAUAAAGCAUUUAAGAACUUUUUACUUUCAAGGAAAAAGGCAAGGUAAUUGUAGAUGGAUGUGAGGGGCCAGAGAGUUGUGGCAUUGUAAUUAUUUGUAGGAUGAAGCUUUCCACAACCAGCCUUUGUUGCAUUAAAUAGUAAAUUUUGGUUUUCAUCGAAAUUUUGUCUCAAAAAUAUGUCAUGUUGACACCAGGUUUAACUUUUAUAUGUAUUCAUAUCCAUCUAUAAUUAACUGUGAUCUAUUUAUGCAUACCACAUUUUACAUAGGAAUACCCUAAAACUUUGGUAAUGGCACCAUUGUGCUGGUCAGGGGUACACCUUCCCCAUUUUUUCCUCCUGCUGGUUUUAAGGGGUGUCUGUGUCUGGCUUUGAAGCAAUUAGUUUUGUCUCAAUCUUCUAUAACUUUGAAGACAUAUUGGUGCUAAGUGAAUGAUGCACUGUUUUGGCUGGCUUGUGUGCCCAUUCGAGUAGUUGGGGCAAAAUCACUAAAAGUUAUCAAAAGGGAAGAGAUGUUGUGGCCUAAUAGUGAAAUAGCCUUACUCUGGGGAAAGAGGUGUAGGUGUAAAAAUGAUCAAGUUCAGCAGUUUGAUCAAUUGUCUGACUUUUUCAUGCACUGAAAAUUACUCUGUUCUCUAAAGGAGAUUAGAGCUUCUGCAAAAUCAUAUUCUAUGAAAAGAAUGACUGUUUAUCAAUAAAGUAAUAUAAUUCUGUUUACUGAGUUGAAAAAUUACUUAAAAAGCACUUUUCUAGUAUUAAGUAGGGCUAUAUUUGAUAAUAUCUUAAGCCUCUAGUCACUGUUUUUGUUUCUUUUUAUUUUCUGGACAUAUUUGGUAAAGGAGUGGGAAGUUGAACAUUGAAUGCAAAUACAAUCUAAGUGGGAGUGUUCAUCAACCAGCUGGAUUUGUUGUUGUUGUUGUUUUUAUUUUUAUUAUUUUUUUCAUGUACUAGAAUUUUACUUUGUGCUUAAACUUUAAGCUUGACCAUGGGACUAUGAUAGCUAUCUCACCAAUCACUCAAUCUAUUUCUAUUAGCAAAUGCUGUGACUUAGAAAGUUUUGAUUAACCUUAGCUCUGUAAAGGUCAACUCAUGCUGUAAUUUCUGUCAGCUUGGUUAUUCAUCAGGUUUAAAUGAAUGUACAAGAAGACAUGCCUUUAGGCAAUUGUCAGUCAGCUCCCUUCCAUGGUAAUUGCUGCACAAUGAAACAGAGCAGCAUGUUAACAAGGGAAUGCAUAGGAGUUUUAUAGUCUUAUUUUAUGUUUAUCAUCUGUUGCAUUUUUAUAUCCAAUGAAAUAAAAAAUAUGACUUUGUAUAAUCAGAUUUGAGAAUUUAGUUUUCCUGUUGAAGAAAAUAAGAAAUGGUAUGUUAGGGCUAUGAUCAUUUCAGGAUUUUGUAAAAUUUAGAAUUUUAUAGUAGUAGUGGAGAAGUUUUUGACAGAGGUACAGCAUAAUUUGAUUUAGAAAGAAAACUUGCACUUUUCAAAUAGAAAUGAAAAUUUGUUGUUUUGCAGGAUUUGCCCAAUGCUAUGAAUGCCGCAGAAAUAACAGACAAGAUUGGCUUGCACAACUUAAGAAAUCGUACAUGGUACAUCCAAGCUACAUGUGCAACAAGUGGAGAUGGUUUAUAUGAAGGACUUGACUGGCUAUCAUCACAGUUGAAAAAGCAAAAUUAAUAUCGGUGAAUGUGAAGUCAUACAUGUAAUAAUCAAGGGCAAAGACAGUUUAAUAGGGGAAUUAAGAUCCAUCCAGUGGCUCUGAAAUCAUGCCUUAUUGCACAUUCAUUAGUUAAUUAUUUCACUGCUUUAUUGUCAUAGAAAGUAAUUAAACAGACUGUUCAUUUUUUCGCUGUUAGUAAAAUCAAUGAUUGAGAGGUUAUUCAGCAAUACAAGGCAUUUCAAUGUCCGAGCAACUUUCCCUUUGCCAUUUGUUAUUCAUUGUUGUACCAUAAAAUGGCAAAUAUUCAAGUAUGUUAAUAACAUCACAAAAUAGUUUUCAAUGGAAUCAUCUACCAAUCUGGAGUACAAGUUCUGCAGACAAGCCUGCUGCAUGUUAAUGCUGAGUUAUUUUUUCCAUGUAAAACAAAUAAAGUAUUAUAUCUAAAUGUUGCCUAUUUUGCAUGCCUUUGUCAAAAGAAGCAUUUUUGAUUUUUAAAUUUCCCUAGGUUUGCCUCUUGACUUCAAAUCUUGAGAGUGUUUUCUUUCAAGCAUUUUCAAACAUCAGAAUCCAGUAACAAUUCUUAACUGUGACAUCUGCAAUAUACAGUGAGCUAGUAUGAGAUUACUGUACAUACAUGUACUCUAUUGCUUUGCAUUUUCCUGUGAGAGUUUUUCUGGUGACAAGUAUUUGCUAAGGUGUACACAAAGUCAUCAAAGAUCCAAAAUGAGUUGCCAAUACUGAAGCGAUGUGUGCUCUGGAGAGGCUUGAACUUGUUAUGUUAGAGCAGCACUAAGGGUUUACUUAAGAAAAAUGGCUGUUGUUGUUGAAGGGUUUUUCAAGAUUACUCUUAUUUCUCGGUGUCUGUCUAAUAGUAAUAUUAAAAAAUACUUUCAACUGAUAUCUGACAGAGCUAGUGUCUUGCGUUGAAGACAAGUGCAAGCAAAUUCUAAUAAAAUUCUUUUUGAAG